GUAGGCUUGGUGUCUGUUGCUCUAGUAGUCGCGCUAGCACCUACGAAUAUUUUUCGUCCAAUCACAUUUCUCUUAACGCGGUUCUUGGGCGCAAAGAAAGGAGACGUACGUGGGGCAGGUUUGAAGUCGUCACUACACUAUGUGCAUCGAAUCAUAAUUACGUUUACAGUCUCUGGUGUCAACAGCCGCGUACAAGAAACGUGGGCAAGAACUCGUUCAAAACAAACGAAUGGAUACCGGAAAGCUCAUUGCCCACCCGAGUGUUCGGGUCAGAGGAUCCGAACACAGUUUCGAACCUAUCGAAUGCGCCGGCGAAAAGUGCGUGGCGCAGCCGGUUCCUCAUCUGCACUGUCCGUUCUGCAGCAAGAACACCGUAUUUAAGGAUGCACGCAUUGUGAAAGCGCACUAUAGGGUCAAGCACGUCGACAAAGGCCUGUACUUUGCUGGGUUAAAAAUGCUGCGAUGCUCUGCUACUUGCAGAAUAUCGGGAAGCAUUAAGGGUGAAAAAAAAUUUAGAGGGCCCCACUGGCACUGCUACAAAUGCAGGAAUGGUUUUUGCAGACGUGAUGAAGCAAUGAAGCAUUUCGAGACGCAUUUCAAGUUGCCACAAACAACAUUUCAGAUUAACAUAGUUCAGGAUGUUAACGAAGGAAUGGGACUUCAGUCACGUUUAGACAGCAGUUUGGUUGAACAUUCUGAAUGUCAGAUGUCAUCAGCAUCUGAUAUUAGUACAGAUAUGGACUCAAACACAGCAGUUGCUGUGACAGUCGAUAUGACUGAAGAGCCAUCAGAAAAUCCAGGAUCCCCGAACACUACAGAAGAACCAACAACAGUCAUGAUCAUUCAGGAGGAUGACACCAGGUCGCUCUCAUCAGAUCCAGGCUGUAUUAUGAAGAGCCGUGAAGAAGACCUUUCAGAAAAGAAUAUCUUCCUUGAAAAACUAUUGACUGAAUUUAAACAGCAAAUGGACAACCUGAAAGCAAAGUAUACACACACUGAGAACAUGCUCCAGCUAGAAAUUAUUUCUUUACGCCGCCAGCUGGAAAAGAAAAACACUGAACUUGAAAAUUUGAAGAAGCAGCAGGCAGAAUUGCUCUCUAACAAGACACCCCAGUUGAACAGCUCUCUUCAGAAGCUGCUCAAAGCCAUGCAGAAUCAACAUUCUGAACUACUCAUGCAGCAUAUAGCCCAAGCACGAAAUGAAGCCUUUCAGAGUGCAUUGAAUGAGCUCCAGAAUGGCACUACAAUAUUAACAACAGUGGAGAACAGUAGCACCACCUUUCUCCAACAAGAAAACAACUCAAUGGUUGCCAUGGUCCUCAACAGCUCUGGUACUCUCGGAAUCCCCAUGUCCCUGGCCACGAACAGCAGUCCUUCAGUUGUGUGCCCUCCAGCGAAGACUCUUCUGCAGAAACUGGGAACAACAGGAAUGCCAGUAAUGAUUUCUGGCCAGCAGGCGUUUGUUCAUCCUCAGUCUAGAACUGUUCAGCAAACGGUUGGCAGUCAGAACCUUGUGCUCACUCUAGCUGACACAAGUGAAGUGUCUCAAGAUCUUAUCUCCAGUGCACAGCAGGGCAGCACUGUAGUUGCUUGCACGGAUCUGCAAUAUCAGUUACCUGCAGUAACAUCUGAUAGCAAAGACGAACAAGAAGCUCCUGAAGAAUGUACAUCUUGAUGCACAGACUAUGUGCAGCCUCCAUCACUUCAGGAAGCCUGAUCUGUGUUUGUUUUACAUCACGGAGGAAGAUUAUUUAGGAGUUGAAACUCCUUUCAGCGCGAUCACGUGCGGGCGACCAGAUAACUUCAGAAAAAUA